GUAGCCUACAGUAGCGCGCCGGUGCCUGGUUUCAUGUGCGUACCUUUCCCGUCUGCUCUCUCUCACUCAGAUGGGAGCGACAAAAACACAGACGCCCACCUAUCACUGCCUCCACUCACUUUCUAUCACAGCAACUCAAGAUGGCGGCAGCUUCCUCCAUCCAGCCGCCGACCGUUCACUCUUUGAACCAGGAAAGUGCAAAUAUCCCGGAUUCUGACAGCCCGGAGAGCCGGCAGGAUGAGGACGCAGCAUCCGAGGGGACCAGUCUCAGAGACUUACCCGAUUUGGAACCGGAGGAAAUUGAAAAGAGGCUAGAGAAAACUCGCCGCGAGCUGAGCAACAGGAGGAAAAUCCUCAUUAAAAACCUUCCACAAGAUACAACCAACCAGGAGGUCCAUGAGAUUCUGAGAGAAUACGAGCUCAAGUACUGCUUUGUGGACCGCACCAAAGGGACAGCAUUUGUGACCCUGCUGAACGGUGACCAGGCUCAGGAUGCCAUCCGCUCCCUCCACCAGAGCAUUGUGCGCAGCCGGGACAUCACAGUGCAGCUCCAGCCCACAGACAGUCUGCUCUGCCUCACCAACCUGCCCCACACCUUUACUGCCCAGCAGCUGGAGGACCUAGUCCGUUCCUACGGAAACAUCGAGCGCUGCUUCCUGGUCUACAGCGAGCUCACCGGACACUCCAAGGGCUACGGCUUUGUGGAAUACAUGAAGAAGGACUCAGCGUCGCGGGCGCGGUCGGAGCUACUGGGGCGACCAGAGGGGGACCGUGCGGUCAUGGUCCAAUGGACAGAUGUGAACCAAUUGACUGCGGGUCACCACCUCCACUCUAAGUGCCUCUGUGUGGACCGGCUGCCCCAGGAGUACGACUCAGAAGAGCUGACCCUCCUGUUCUCAGACAGAUACAAACCUGUCUUCUGCCAGCUAGCCCAGGAUGAGGGCAGCCCGGUGCGAGGGUUCGGGGUGGUGGAGUAUGAGAGUGCAGAGCAGGCGGAGGCCAUACUGAUAGAGAUGGACAGAACACUGGUGGGAGGACAGGAGAUCCGUCUCUCUCUCUGCACCCCCGGAACCACAGGCAGGAGCACAUUGGCAGCGCUCAUCGCUGCUCAGGGUGUGAUGUUGAGUAAUAAGAAGGGCUUACUGCCGGAGCCCAACUUGGCCCAGCUGCUGAAAAGCAUGACCAACCCAGCAGCCCUACAGGUCCUCAUGAGGCCUUACCACACUGGCAAACGAGGAGGGAAGUUUGGGCGGCCUCCUAGCCUGUCUCCAUUCCUCAGACCCCCCCUCACAGCAGCCCUGUUCCAACUGGGGAAGGUACAGCAGAGUUCCAUGUUGGGGAAUGGUCUGGUGCUUCAGAAUCUAUUGCACAUGCAGCUGGCCCAGCAGCAGCUCCUGCACAUCAAAGACAAGCACAUGAGCAAUGUAUCUAGUCUGUUGGGUGACCCCUCUCGUCUACUUCUACAGAAAGUGCUUGGUCUCAGGCCUCCAGCCCCCAUGGCCCUGGGAAAGGGUCUGCUGGGUGACUCCCCCAGUGCCCCAGGGACAGAGCUUUACUACCUGGUUCCCCACCACCUAAAGCUCCAGGGGCCACCAGCCCUGAUCGACACAGCUACAGCAGCACUGAGAGUAGCCCAGCUAGGUGGAGCUCCCAGCAGUCAGUUCUCUCUCCUGGGUGAACCCCCUAAAGAGAUGAAGCUACCUUCCAAUCCAUACCUGAAUCUUGCUAGUGUGUUACCUGGCAUGGUACUGCAAGCCCCGACGGCCAGUAAAAUGCAGACAGGGCAGCCUCUAGUUGGGGUGUACAGCAGUGCUAUGCCCCCUGUCUCCCAACCCUCCACUUCCCAAACCCCAGCACCCUACAGCACCGAUACCUCUGCAGACUACAGUCACUACAGCCAGGCAUACUCACAGGAGGCUAUGCAGCAGUGGUACCAGCACUACCAAGCCCAGAGCUACAGCACCGACCCACAGGAGAGCCAAGCUAAGGACUAUAUCAAGGAGCACACACAGCAGGCUGUGGCAGCGGCGGUGCCAUCCUAUGGGGAUUACAGCUCCUACAUGCAGGCUGUCAGUCAAUACUAUUGUCAGCCUCCGAUGACCCAGCCACCUCCCCAGGUCUACCAGCACAGAGACCCUACCAAGGAGGCUGAUGUGUGUAAGUCGCUGGGUGUGUCUCUCCAAGCAGUCAGUAACGGCGGUGCCCAGUCGGUGCUGCCCGCCGCGGUCCUGCCAGCCUACAGCACCAUGCCUAUGAUGUCAGGCUUCAUGGCCGCGCCACCUCACGCCACACACCCACCCAGCUCCACCACACACAUCCAGAGUGCCCACGCCACCAAUGAAUGGAACCAGUACUACUACAAUCAGACGACUCGGGGGAAGAAGCGGGAGUACCCUCACUUGGCCGUACACAAUAUGACAUCAGAGGGGGCGUACGUGGGUCAGCACUCCCAGGGGCUGGGAGGUCAGUACGCUGACUACUUCAAGAAGAAGAGGAUCUAGAGAUGACCUCUGAACCUCUGCACCCUAUCUCCUAAACCAUACAGUACAUACACAGUCUCAGCUUUAGUGUUGUAUGAUGUUGGUAUACACACAGACACACACAAGGCAGACUGACACACACACACACACACACACACACACACACACACACACGCUUUUGUCCUGUUCAAGCCUUAACGCUUAACUCAGUUGGUGAAAAUGUUUCUUGACUAAUAAUGUACAUUGUUUCUAAUGUAUGUGAGCUGCUUCUGUAUUUUAGGGUCAGUCAGUCUGCCUUGUUGAAGGCCAGUCAGUGUGUAGUCAGGUUUCCCUCUCUCUCUGUUUCUAUCACUCUGUUUCUAAUCUCUCUGUGCGCUUUUCUACAAACGGGGGAAACUGGCCAGUGUUGCAGACAGAGUUGAUUUGAUGACUCACUUUAACUGACGUGUUUUUCUCUUCAGUGUCUUUCUCUUUUUCUGAUUGCCUAAGCUCUCCUUUUAUCUCUCUCUUUGUGGAGACCUUGAUGUAGUGUGUGCGUGAUGUGUCGUAAGUGUAGGAGUGAUCAGCCAUUCGCAGGGUAGAAGAAGGCAGGGCUACCCUGGAAACUCAGAGACACAGGGAGAGGGAUGUCUCAUCACUGCUUUUAACCUUGAACCAUGGACACUUAUAGACUCCUAUUGGUGUGGUGAACUAGGAAAUGAAUGGACACCUAACUUGGUACCUUAUAGACAUGACAAUAGUCACUGAGUGGACACCUCUUUGGGUCGAUAUAGCCAUGUAUUAUAACUAGCUAGUGGAUGGACAUUUCCAAGACCUAGGCCUUCUUCUUAUGGCUCUGUGUAUGAUAGCUACAGGGUGGAAACCUUUUUACUGUUUAUAAUGGCUCUCGUUUUCUGUAAGGGCCAUUGAACAGUGGCUCAGUCGAGGAACAGAAGAGGUUCCCAGGCUCCUCUUCUUUUUCUGUGUGUUUUUUAAAUGACUUUUCUGGAUGGGAAGCGCUGUGGAGACAAAAAAACAACCAAGUUUAAUACUGCUUCAUAAACUGCCAUUAGAAAUGAAACAGGAAACAGAAAAAUUCAGGAGAGUAGCCAUGUUGAAUUAUCUCAGAGUAAUUUCCAUUUUGAUUCAGUCAAUUCAGAAAGUAAAAGAUGACUGUCAAUUUUCAUCAAGCCAUGAAUCGAAUUUAAAUGAAUCACCUUGAGAUUCACAUGGUACAGCAGGGGUAGGCAACCCUAUUCCUGGAGUGCUAAAGGUAUUGUAGGAUUUUAUUCCAACUAGGCACCACACCUGACCAACUGAGCUAAUUGAUCAGUUCAGUGAUUGACUGAUCAAUUAGUGAUUGACUGAUCAAGGGCAUGGGAUGAGGGCUUUAGCACCAUGUUUAGUACUGGCACAGGUCUUCAGCCUUAGACCCAGGCAAUAACAACAGCUACUGUACCAAUUAAUAUCACAAUGCCAACAUGAGGGCAUGCAAGGGCAUUGCCGCUCAAUGUGUAGUGUGCUACAAUCAAACUGUCAGUUAAUUUCUCUCUUCAUCUUUCUUCCUCUCCUUUUCUAUCUGAUCCCUAAUCUCUCUCUAAUCUAUCCGUUUUCAUCCUCCACUCUGAGUUGAAUUCGCGGCGUUCUCCUGUGUCAUGUGACUUGAAGUACUGAUGUUUUUAGUGGUGUCCUAUAUCAUGCUCUUAACGGGCAAAGCUGUAACAUAUUUCAAACCCUUUCAGUGCUGUGUUACACUGGCUUAGAGCCAUAAUUUUACUUGUACUGUGUGUGUGUGUAUGUUGGACUUGGCUUUUCCAGCCAGUUGAUUGCUAGCUUCAACCACAUCUUUAAAAGGCAAUGCUUAGAAGUGUGUGUAGCUUCUUUAUUUCUCUGUGUGUGUGUGUGUGGUGUGUGUGUGAGAGAGAGAAACUGUAGGAAGCUGUCUCAGUCAGUGUCUGUAAAAGGCAGACCCAGGCAGGUCAUAAUGUCUGUCUGUAGUCAGGCACUUUAAGCCAGUCUGUGUUGUUUUAAUGGCCCUCUGGUAAUUUAAUUAGCCUUUUUUCUCUAAGCCAUUACUGGGUGUGCCACAGUGCUAUGCAGAGCUGUGCCUGUGUGUUUUCUGACCUGCUCAUAUUCCUUCUUUGCCUAAUAGCAGGUCCAUAUGUUUUUAUAGGAAUUCAGUGUACUGUAUGUAGUCUGAGUUUGUGUGUGAAUAAGUUGUGUGUGCGUUAAUAAGAGAAAGAGAGGAGAGAGAGGAGAGAGAGAAAAAGAGGAGAGUGGGAGAGAGAGAAAGAGAGGAGAGUGGGAGAAAGAGAGGAGAGUGGGAGAGAGAGAGAAAGAGAGGAGAGUGGGAGAGAGAGAAAGAGAGGAGAGUGGGAGAGAGAGAAAGAGAGGAGAGUGGGAGAGAGAGAAAGAGAGGAGAGUGGGAGAGAGAGAAAGAGAGGAGAGUGGGAGAGAGAGAAAGGAGAGGGGGAGAGAGAAAGGAGAGAGAGUAGAGAAAGAGAGGAAUGGGAGAGAGAAAGAGGAGAGAGAGUAGAGAAAGAGAGAGAAAGAGAGGAGAGUGGGAGAGCGAGAGAGAGGAGAGUGGGAGAGAGAAAGAGAGGAGAGUGGGAGAGAGAAAGAGAGGAGAGUGGGAGAGAGGAGAGUGGGAGAGGAGAGUGGGAGAGAGAAAGAGAGGAGAGUGGGAGAGCGAGAGAGAGGAGAGUGGGAGAGCGAGAGAGAGUGGUCCUUCUGUGGCACAGUUGGUAGAGC